AUGGCUACUAGUUUAAAGCAUAGGCAUGUAACAGAGUCUGGAGAAGUUACUGAACCGGUGGAAAUUCUUGACGAACAAGUAAGAUCAUCAUCCGGAAUUCUUUCACUUCCUUUACCAACUAGUGAAAAGAUUUUAUCAUAUACACCAUUUCCUUUGAUUUCAACAAUAUUUUCAAUUAGCGCAUUAAUAUUUUCAAUAUAUUUAUUACAAGCCCAAAAUGUUACCUUCAUUCAUAUUUAUUCAGGAGCAUUUCUUUCUUUAGUACCAAAUAUUUUAGCAAUUAAUACAUCAGAGAGAAUGGAAAAAUUAUGGUGGGGAAUACCUCUUGGAUUACUUAUAUUGGAUAUUAUCGCUUUAUUAUUAAUUAAAGAUUCAGAACAAGAUGUUAAAAGUUUAGAGAAAUUAAAAUAUAAAAUGGACGUAGAGAUUGCUCGUAAAACUUUUGAAUUCUCUAACAAUAUUGUACAAGUAGAUCCCGCCCAAGAUCAUAUAUAUCGGUACAAUAAUGACGAACAAGUACAAAUAAACCAAGAAAAACCUUGGACCAAAGAUGUUCAUUACUUUACAAAAAUCAAAAUUUCGGCAGUAGCACUUAUAAAAAUGGUAAUGCAUGCCCGAUCUGGUGGAAGUAUUGAAGUAAUGGGUCUUAUGCAAGGAAAGAUUGAUGGUAGUACUAUGAUCAUUAUGGAUGCAUUCGCUUUACCGGUUGAAGGAACUGAGACAAGAGUUAAUGCUCAAGCUGAAGCUUAUGAAUACAUGGUUCAAUAUUUGACUACUAUUAGGCAGGUGGGUAGACUUGAAAACGUUGUAGGUUGGUAUCAUAGUCAUCCGGGAUAUGGAUGUUGGCUUUCUGGAAUUGAUGUAAAUACACAAAUGACGAAUCAAAAAUAUCAAGAUCCAUUUGUUGCCGUAGUUAUCGAUCCCAAUCGAACCGUAUCUGCGGGAAAAGUUGAAAUUGGUGCUUUUAGAACUUAUCCAGAAGGAUAUAAAGCUCCUGAUGAUGGACCUUCUGAAUAUCAAACUAUUCCUUUGAGUAAAAUUGAGGAUUUUGGUGUUCAUUCGGAACAAAUUGCUGAUUUAGCCGAAAAAUUGGAUCAAACCGAAACACAAUUACAACAAAGUGGUAGAGUGUCUAGUUUUCCUGGAGGCGUGGGAGGGGGUCGUAGUGCUACUUCCCCUUCACAACCUACUUCAGCAUCUUCGUUAGCUUCUAAUACUAGUGGUACUGGCGGUUCCACAUCUUCCACAACAACUGAAAAGAAAAGAGUAGAAGAAAGUCCACUUAGUAAAGUUACAAAGGAUAGGUAA